UUUUGCCGUCAAUGAAGCGCGUUUGGCUCUCGAGAUGAAGAAACGCGGAAUUUUCGUCGGGUUUUGGAAAAUUGUCCGUGCGACGAAUGCAUCCGAUACAAUCUGUCGUUGUAUGCGCGUUCGAAAUAUUUCGAACAUAAAUGCAAAUUAUUUUUUCUUUUUUUCUUCUUCGCGAAUAACAGUGUCAACAAUUGAACAAGGGAUUGGUGCUCGGUGUGUACGAAACAGAGAGCGAGAGCAACGUCGUGUUUACUCCUACUGCCGCCAAAUACAAUGAAUUAGUUAACGGAAAGCUGCUGCAGAACAUCUUGCUGAGUGACUAGACUGAGAGACGAUAUUAUACAUAUGAUAUGAAGCGCAACUUGCUCCGCACAAGGAUUUCCUAGACAUAUGCUGCGCUUUAUAAAUGAAAAUAUAACUAGAGAAUAAUACUGCCUGAUUUAUGACAUAUUCUUUUCGACGCGAUGUCAGAUAAAUCGAAUGCCCACUUAGGGAGAUUUUAAGCUGUUAACCCUUCAGUUAAUUAAUCUUUGCUGCUUAAAGACUGAAUCAGAAAUUGAAUAUAGUAAUAGUAGUAAUGUCGACUCCUGGCAACAGUAAUAUGGGAAACGAUAGCAGCGCAGGGAGCAGUUGUGGUGGAUUAGGCGACAGUAGCAGUAAAAUUAAUAAGCUUCAUCAACCUACGAAUGUGUUACAAAGGAUGACCGGGAUAUUAGAAGAUAAGAGUAACGAUUACAUGUGUCCAAUUUGCUUCGAUCUUAUCGACACGGCGUAUAUCACGCGUUGCGGACAUACGUUUUGUCACCAUUGUAUCGUAAAGUGUUUAGAGAUUAAGGAUCGUUGCCCAAAAUGCAGUUUUACAUUAAACGAACAGGACAUCUUCCCGAACUUUCUGUUGGACGAGCUAGUUUCCAAAUAUAAGACAAGAACUAAGGGCCUAGCGCAGUUAGGCUCUUACACGGAGAAUGGUAGACACAGAAUGAUCGGUAACGAUUCGUCGGUACCCGCGUCCGAUGGAUUAAGAAGCAUCGUUGCAGCAGAGAGCGCCAAUCUCACUCUACCUGAUGUAAAUGUAAUGUUAGAGGUGCUGACUCAACGAAAGCAUUUACUCGAAGCAGAGACUUGUACAGCGCAAAACAAACUUCUGCAUGAAUUCCUAAAGCAUCUGUUGCAACAGAAGGAAGAACAAAGGAAUCAAUUGCAAAAGGAAGUGGUGUUGAUCAAGAAGGAUAUGGAAGAAGUUGAGAAUAUUCUAAAGGACGUUCAGAGCAAGUGUCCACGGGUGGAAGAUGUCAAAAAGGCGAGCGAGAAUGACACGGCGCAAGUUUCGGCCAUUAGACGGGAAAUGCUCGGCCUUAUAGAUAUAAUAGACUCGAAUAUGGUGAAACCUAGCGACAAGGUGAUCAGCGGCACUGAUAGUUUGAUUAAUCCAAACGUCAGUCAGCCCAGUGGAUCAACCCUAGCUAUACGUAGGAAGAGACUGCACGCUCAUUUCGAUGACUUUGUUCAAUGUUAUUUUGAUUCCCGUGGCAAGGAGCUACUGCUUGGACAAAAAUCGCAAUCACAGAGCGAAACGCAGCAACACGGCGGAGCACAUAGCACAAGUUCCGGUCUAGACGUUUUUCGUGAGAAUCUAGUCAAGUUCUCAAGAUAUAAUUCCCUGCGUCCAUUGGCGACUCUCAAUUACUCAUCGGAUCUCUUCAACAAUUCCACAAUCGUUUCCAGCAUCGAGUUCGAUAAGGACAACGAGUUCUUUGCGAUCGCCGGUGUAACGAAACGGAUAAAGGUAUUCGAUUACGGUGCCGUUAUACGUGACACCGUUGACAUUCAUUAUCCUUGCGUUGAGAUGGUCUCCAGUUCGAAAAUCUCGUGCGUCUCGUGGAAUUCUUUCCACAAGGGUAUGCUUGCCUCAUCAGACUACGAGGGUACCGUGACAGUAUGGGACGCGACGACCGGUCAGAGAACCAAGGCGUUUCAAGAACACGAAAAGAGAUGCUGGUCCGUCGAUUUCAACGACGUGGACACGCGAUUGAUCGCAUCUGGCUCCGACGACGCCCGGGUCAAAUUAUGGGCGUUGAAUACCGAUUAUUCCGUGGCGUCGUUGGAGGCCAAGGCGAACGUAUGUUGCGUGAAGUUUAAUCCACGCAGUUCUUGUCAUCUGGCAUUUGGUUCCGCAGAUCAUUGCGUACAUUAUUACGAUUUGCGUAACAUGAAGGAGGCGUUAUGCAUAUUCAAGGGCCAUCGUAAGGCCGUUUCGUACGUUAAGUUUAUCAACAAGGAGGAGAUUGUCUCUGCUAGUACGGAUUCUCAGUUGAAAAUGUGGAAUAUAAAUAAUCCGCUUUGUCUACGAUCGUUCGUGGGACAUGUAAACGAGAAAAAUUUUGUCGGACUCGCUACUGAUGGCGAUUACGUCGCCUGCGGGUCGGAAAAUAACGCGUUAUACGUGUACUAUAAAGGACUAACGAAACAAUUGUUUUCUUACAAAUUCGAUGCCGUUCGAAGCAUACUGGAACUGCAAGAUAGAAGAGAGGAAGAUCUAAAUGAGUUUGUGUCCGCGGUAUGUUGGAGACAGAUGUCCAAUGUCGUGGUAGCCGCUAACUCUCAAGGAAUUAUCAAAAUAUUAGAGUUGGUUUAAAAACAAUUAAAAUUAAUUGAACAGAGAAUAAUUAAGUAAAUUGAAUGAAUAGCGUGUGAAUAACAACGAGAAAUGACGGAAUUAUUCUAAAUAGCAUAAUAUAUAAUUUAUCAUAACACGACGUGUAGAGAAAAUUUUUAACAUAACGGAAUUUAAAUCGAAUAUUAAUAUUCGUAUUGAACGUGCAUUAUCGGCGAAUAAAUAAUUUACGAAAAAUAGUAAUCUCUAAUUGAUCCAUGCUCAAUAUUACCGAGGAGAGCACAAGUAUUUUCUCUGGAUUGUACAUUGUGUGUAAAAUUAGGGAAAUUAAUAUUAUUAAUUAUUACGCGUUUUCGUAUAUAUCUUACUCUAUUUUCCCAUCGGUAUAAUUUUAGGUAUAUAUAAUUCUAUAAAUUUGUACAGACUGAAUCUUAAUGAUAAAAGUUUUGCAAUGUUAUAACAUGUUAUAACACACAUGUUAUGUGACAUGUUUGUGCACACAUACGAUCAUUUACAAAAUUAAAGUGAUUAUACAUCUUUUAUAAUUUUAUAUUAAGUUACUGAUACUUAAUAUUCGCCGGGAAUAUCAUAGUUGCACGCUUGUUAAACUGUAUUUUAUGCGGAUACAUAUAUAUAUUUUAGACAUGAUCGCAACAUGAGAGUGAGGUUCAUUAAAAUAAGCGCAAUACUGCUAAAAAUGAGGUUUAAAUCUACAAAAAUUUAGAGCAAUGUAUGUAUAUAUUCCAAAGUAUUUUUGUUGAAUAAUGUUUCUUGUGAAUUUAGAAUGGCGAGUAUUUCAAUCACGUGCAUCAAUCGUUAAAAAUUGAUACAUAUGUUUAAUAGAACACAUCCCACAAUUUUGUUUUACAAAAUCUGCCAAAUAAAUUUAAAAUACAGUUAUUUAAGUUUUUUAAAAAUUGAUAAAAGUUAAAACGUUAGAAAGGAAAACCGUCAAAAUUGAUAUAUAUAUAAUGAUAUUUUGACUAGUAAUCGUAUAUAUAUACAAAUCGUACCUGUAUUUUUUUUAGAACUAUUAACAAUUGCAAUAUCAAUAUUUCGAGUAUAAAAAUAUCGGUAUUUUAGCUGUCACAGUAUGUAGAAAAGUCAAAAGUUUUGGAAAAUUUUUUUUGUAACCAGUUAGUGUAAUAGAAUCUUCAGCUUAAAGCGACUUGUUAGUAUCAUGAUAGCAUGAUUUUGUAAACAGAAACGUGUGAUAAGAUGUAAUCAACGUCUCAUAUUUUUGACGAUAAUCGUACACAUAUAGAGAACGCAUGUUUCUGUUGAAAUGUUCCGGUGUUUGUGAUUCUCGGAAAAAUAUUUCUUUUACUGCAUAUGAAAAGUUUUAUAUGAUUAUAAUAUUAUUAUUUCUUUCUAUAUAACUCUACAUUAGAACUUUUGUUGUGUUAUAUGUCUAAUGGGAAUAAUGAAAAACAAAAUUAAAUAACAAAUUAUUGUUCUAAAGAUUAUGAAUAUUGUUGUAAAAGGCAAUCCUAAAGUGCCAAAAUGUACAAAGGGCAAACAAUUAAUAUAUUUUAAAUUGUUUAAAACACAUAUCACUUUUUUGUGUAACAUUUUGAAAUUUAAACAUGAUAGAAUAAGGAAUAUAUCUUUUUUUAAUAUAAAAUUACUAUUUAAGUUUCAAUUAUAAGAGUAUUAAUGAGACGUCCAUUAGUUUUUGCUUAUUAAUAAAAAGCUCUUAAAUCUAUUUUUAAUUUGAUUCAUUGUACAACUAUGCCAACUAAACCCCAUGACAAAGUCAUAUUAUUGCUUAUAACAUUAUUGUAUAUAAAAAAAAACUAAUAUUUGCUAACACAAAAAUUUUAUGAUGUAUUAUAUCUUAAGCCGCUAAAUAGAUUGCUCGCAAAUUCAACUUGUUAGUGAGAACUGAAUGUGAAAUAGUUAUCUAUAAUCUCGAAAUGUAUUGAUGCUGAUCACAAAGCAACAGUUGUGAAUUUAUGUAUAGCUAUAAUCCUCGGAAGAGAAUAAUUGUAAAUGUACCAGUGUAUAAUGUAUAACUGGAUGAAGAAAAAUAUUCUAGAAUAAAGAAUAGUAUAUUUUUAGAGUGUAUUUUAAAAUUGCAAAUCAUUAUAUCGUAUAUGAAAUAAAUGUCAAAAAAAUGCCUAGAUUCUAUUGUAAUUAAUAAAUUUACGAAUUUGUGU